AUGAAUCGUGGAAUUUCAUUUGUUGAUGACAUGAAAUCCAUAAUCAAUGAUCCAAACUAUAGUGACCUCAAGCUCAUUUGUUCGGAUGGAAGUGUUCUCUAUGGUUCACGCAUUCAUCUUGCCGCCCGAUCAGAAUGCUUUGAUCGAUUACUAUAUAACGGAAUGCGUGAAUCGGGUCAAUACGAAAUAAAAUUCCCGGAGGUAUCAAGUGCAGGAAUGAAAGUAGUCCUGGAAUUCCUCUACAUAGGGAGUAUUGACGCGAAUAAUUUGACCACACAAAAUGCGAUUGAUGCCUUUCAAGCUGCCAAUUAUUUCUUAUUGACUGAAAUGGAAUAUGAGAUUAUGAAACUUAUUCAAAACUAUCUUGCAAGAACCCAAAAUAAGGAGAAGGCGCUUGAACUAUUUUCGCUUGUGAUUGAGAAAAUAAAUGUUACUGAAAAAAAUGGUCUUUUCAGAUUGCUGGUAAAGUAUAUUUUGCGAGGUUCGAUCUCCUCCCUUCCAGUGCCAAAGAUAACUUUAAAUAUGCUCAAGAUCCUACUCACACAAAAGUUCAUAAAAGUGAGUAAUAACGAAUACGAAAUUUUUCGCUACAUCGUCAUCUGGGGAACAUACAAAAUAUCUCCCAAAAUUUCGGCUUUCUAUGAGCGAAUUUUAACAGUUCCAUCCGAUAGUUAUCGUACAAGUCCCGUGGGGCAACAAUAUAAAGAUCCGAGUUCCUUCAUUCACUUGCCUAAACCCGCUGCUGUGAUCAAAGAAGUGGCAGAAUUACUUACUUUCAUCGACCUUAAGCGUAUCCCAAUUGAAUUUCUGGCGAAUUUUGUUCAUCCGCUUGGAAUAUUCGAACCAUCCAGAAUUUCAGAAGCUUAUCAAUUUCACGCUAUUAUUAAUGCUGAAAGACGUGUAUUUAAUUAUUAUCAAAUUAUCUAUUAUCAAUGGGAGCCUUCUAUCUGUAAAUCGAGACUUUUAUUAACGGAAAAUAAUACGGUCGUCGAAGCAACUGUGUAUAGCGCGCCACUGAAUGAUCAAGGUGUACGCGCACAGAAUAUAAUCUCUGGCAAGGGAAUCUACCAGUGGCACGUCGUAAUUGAACGUCGACCGCAAGCUGAAGUAUUGGUUGGAGUUUGUGGUGUAAAUGUCGAAAAUUACAGCACAAUCAUGAAAUAUCAUAAGGAUGUUUGGCUAUACAGUAUUUAUGGAUAUCUAUACCACGAUAACGAGUCCGAACUCGCACCGUUGUGGUUUACGGAGGGAGACACGGUUACCGUACAUCUCAACAUGUAUGCAAAUGUCUGUUCUUUCUUGGUGAAUGGAAUCAAUAUUUCCGUGGUUUUUCAGAAUUUACCGGAUAGGCUUUAUCCAGUUGUGGUCCUUAAUCCUGGAGCUCGUAUUCGUAUACAAUCACACAAAUGA